CCGAGCCCGCCCUCCACUCGCCCACAGCGGCGGCCGGGCGGCGGGCACGCGAGCGGAGGGCGCGCGGCUCUCCGGGCGCCGGGAGAGGCCGGGCCGACUGCAGGGCGGAGGGCCGCGGGCCAUGGCGCCCCGGGCCCCCGCCGCCCGCCGUCCCCGCCCGCCCGGGAGCCCCCGAGCUGCGCCUCGGAGACCGCGGAGCGGCGGCCCGCCGGGAGGCGACUUGGAGCUCCUCUUGGUGCUGACAUGAUGACAGUGUGCAGGCCGGCCAAGGGCAGCCACAGCCAGACCGAAAACCUGAGCUACAAAUUGGCUGACAAGGUCAAGGUGGAAGGUCCAAAGGCUGGGGAAGACCCUCGAAGGCUGCCAUUUAGGUCCCCCAUUCCUUUGCCAGAGACUGAUCAGGAUUCACCCCCCAGAAGAAGCUCAUUGGAAAGUCUCAGUAACCUGAUGCUAGAGUCAAGAGUGAACUGUCUUCAGCAGAACAUGUUCAGCUCAAAUAUGAUCAUCAGCGACCCAGCUUCACGUCUCAGUGCUAAAGAAGCCAGCAAGGCGGGCAAGAGGCAGCUCAGCAGUGUUCAGAACCCCUGCCCUCCUGCCCAGGGAGGGGCCCUGCACAAGCCCCUCAGCAUAAAGGACAAGAUAUCCAGAUGGGAAGGGAAAAAGGAGUUGUCCACCCCUGCACCCUGCAGGAGAGCAGAUGGGCAAGAGGACUACCUGAUGUCCUGUGUGAUGGGGAGGAGGAACAGUGAUGGUGUGAGAGCGUGGGUCACAGAGGUGCAGGAUGGAACCAGGCCCGAGACAGAGAGCAAGGAGAAUGAGAGGAAUAAAGGGGUCAUGAAAGUUGGGGGACAAGAUGCAGAGCCAAGGCAAGACAACCAGCCAGCCAGGCAGCUGGCUCCCAGCUUGGGCAGAGGCCGAGAGCCCAGGCUGGGCAAACAGCGCUUUCCGAAUGACAGCCUCUCUGUGCUGAGGCAGGUCAAGAAACUGGAGCAGGCUCUGAAGGAUGGGUCAGCCGGGCUGGAUCCCCAGUUACCCGGGACUUGUUAUUCCCCACACUGCCUGCCACACAAGGCUGAGGAGGGGCCCACCCUCCCUGAGAACCGUGGGGCCGGGUGUAGCUUGGAAUUCAGGUCCCACCACUGGGACCUGGAGGCCAGGGACCCCACCCCUGAGGCUGCAGAGGAAAGGAAAGGCUUGUGCAGGAGGCUCUGCGACCAGAGCCUGGAGGGUGUGGACAGGGGCUCAGAGGGCUCCCCCGCAAAACCCUUCAUCAACCCCCUGCCCAAGCCCCGGAGAACGUUUAAACACGAUGGAGAAGGGGACAAGGACGGGAACCCAGGCAUCAGCUUCCGGAAGGAUAAAAGGCACCUGCCUCCUCUGCCUUCUCUACCUCCCCCGCCCCUGCCUUCCUCUCCCCCACCCUCCUCUGUGAACAGAAGACUGUGGACCGGGAGGCCGAAACCCAGUGCUGACCACAGAAAGUCCUAUGAGUUUGAAGACUUACUGCAGUCUUCCUCUGAGAACAGCAGGGUGGACUGGUACGCACAGACCAAGUUGGGGCUCACACGCACUUUAUCCGAGGAGAACGUCUACGAAGACAUUCUAGAUCCACCAAUGAAGGAAAACCCUUAUGAGGACGUUGAGUUACAUGGUCGCUGCCUGGGAAAGAAAUGCGUCUUGACCUUUCCUGGUUCUCCCACUUCUUCCAUUCCUGACACAUCGUCUAAGCAGUCAUUGGCCAAACCGGCUUUUUUCCGGCAAAAUUCAGAGAGGAGGAACUUCAAACUGCUGGACACCAGGAAGCUGAGUCGGGAUGGAUACGGGUCCCCUUCCAAAAUCAGCCCCCCCUCCACUCCCAGCAGCCCUGAUGACACUUUCUUUAACCUUGGAGACCUGCAGAAUGGCAGGAAGAAGAAAAAGAUACCCAAGCUGGUGUUGCGAAUCAAUGCCAUUUAUGAGGCCCGGAGAGGAAAGAAACGCGUGAAGAGGCUGUCCCAGUCAACGGAGAGCAACUCAGGAAAAGUGACAGAUGAGAACAGUGAGUCUGACAGUGACACGGAAGAGAAGCUGAAAGCUCACAGCCAGCGCCUGGUCAAUGUGAAGUCCCGCCUGAAGCACGCUCCCAGAUACCCCUCCCUGGACCGGGAGCUCACGGAGUACCAGCAGAGGCAGCUGUUCGAGUACUUUGUGGUCGUGUCCCUGCACAAGAAGCAGGCCGGGGCUGCGUAUGUGCCAGAGCUCACCCAGCAGUUCCCGCUCAAGUUGGAAAGGUCUUUCAAGUUCAUGAGAGAGGCUGAGGACCAGCUGAAGGCCAUCCCUCAGUUCUGCUUCCCCGAUGCCAAGGACUGGGCUCCCGUCCAGCAAUUUACCAGUGAAACCUUCUCAUUUGUCUUAACUGGAGAAGAUGGGAGCAGACGGUUCGGUUAUUGCCGAAGACUACUGCCUGGUGGCAAAGGGAAGCGUCUCCCUGAAGUUUACUGCAUCGUGAGCCGCCUGGGAUGCUUCAGCCUCUUUUCAAAGAUCUUGGAUGAGGUGGAAAAACGGCGAGGCAUCUCUCCUGCCCUGGUACAGCCCCUCAUGAGGAGUGUCAUGGAGGCCCCUUUCCCAGCACUGGGCAAAACCAUCGUUGUCAAGAACUUCUUGCCAGGAUCGGGAACUGAAGUGAUUGAACUGUGCCGCCCGCUGGACUCCCGGCUCGAGCACGUGGACUUUGAGUCUCUCUUCUCUUCUCUCAGUAUCCGCCACCUGCUCUGUGUUUUUGCCUCCCUGCUUCUGGAAAGGAGGGUCAUCUUCAUCGCAGACAAGCUCAGCACGCUGUCCAAGUGCUGCCACGCCAUGGUGGCCGUCAUCUACCCCUUCACCUGGCAGCACACCUACAUCCCCGUGCUGCCGCCCGCCAUGAUCGACAUCGUGUGCUCGCCGACCCCCUUCCUCAUCGGCCUGCUCACCAGCUCGCUGCCGCUGCUCCGGGAGCUGCCGCUGGAAGAGGUCCUUGUGGUCGACCUCGUCAACAAUCGGUUCCUCAGACAGAUGGAUGAUGAGGAUUCCAUCCUCCCCAGGAAGCUUCAGGUGGCCCUGGAGCACAUUCUGGAGCAGAGGAACGACCUGGCGAGUGACCAGGAUGAUGGGCCCCCGGACUGCAAGUACGGCCCCGAGUCCAGCCCCUUGAACGAGGUGGUGUCCGAAGCCUUUGUCCGCUUCUUCGUGGAGAUCGUGGGCCACUACUCCCUGUUCCUGACGGCGGGCGAGCGCGAGGAGAGGACCCUGCAUCGAGAGGCCUUCCGCAAAGCCGUCUCCUCCAAGAGCCUCCGCCGCUUCCUGGAGGUUUUCAUGGAGACCCAGACCUUUCGGGGCUUCAUCCAGGAGCGGGAGCUGCGCCGGCAGGAUGCCAAAGGUUUGUUUGAGGUCCGAGCCCAAGAGUACCUGGAAACACUCCCCAGUGGAGAACACAGUGGUGUCAAUAAGUUCCUGAAGGGACUCGGCAAUAAAAUGAAGUUUCUCCACAAGAAAUAACCUUCAGCUCAGCUUCAAGGGAAAACUUCUUCCUAGUUGUAUCCACAUUUUUAAAAAACAGUUCCUGGUGGCCUUUCUGAAACGCUGGGUCCUGGGUGUCACAGGUGCAGGAUAAAGGCCAGGAUGGCUUCUGGCUACCCCAGGGCCUCCCCAGGACCCAGGGCCCAGCAGGUGCUGCUCCUUCAGAACAGCCCUGGAAAGGAGACCUGAGACCAGGCAUGGCACAACAUUCAAAUGGAUGGUUUGCGUUGUUGGGUUUGGGAUUUUUUAUAUUUUUACUCUUAGGUAUUAAAAGAAAGAAAAGUG